UAGAAUCUUGUUGUCAAAACUGAGAAUUGUGAACUUCCCUACUGUUCCACAAGUCUUGUCUCUUCAGCAACACCAACACAAACGAAAAAGUUGUGAUUGCGUUUUUAAAUUAAUUUUGUUGUGUAAUACCUUGUGGACCUUCAAAAUGGGCUUAAUAUUGAGAAUGUAAUAAUAGUGAUUUGUUAAUGGGGCCUGGUUUCAAAGUACAAUAUAACUAAAUGAAUGAUGCAGUCUAUAUUCUGGACUGGCAGAGUGCUAUCACGUGCUAUUAGAAAUGGACUUUCGAGUUUUUCAAAUGCUGCUGAAUUAAACGUUUCGAACAAGAAACAUCCUUAUUUAGUGUCAGUGGUUUGUGGAUUUCCCAAAGACAUUGCUAAUGGAAGAUCUCAUAAAGGACAGUUUGGCGACGAUGCAUGGUUUUCCACAAAUUUCAACAAUGCAGAUGUCAUUGGUGUUGCUGAUGGAGUGGGAGGCUGGCGUGCAUAUGGAAUUGAUCCGGGGGAGUUCUCAUCAUAUCUCAUGAGAACAUGUGAGAGACUCGUACGGAUGGGACACUUCAAGAUGUCAGAGCCGGGAGACCUUCUAGCUAAGUCUUAUUACGAGCUGCUAGAACAUAAGAAACCUAUUUUAGGUAGUAGCACAGCCUGCGUGAUGAUUCUAGACCGCAACGAGUCGAUCAUGCGCGCGGCUAACAUAGGUGACAGCGGGUUCAUGGUAGUGCGAGGCGGGCGUGUGGUGCACCGCUCGCACGAACAGCAACACUACUUCAACACGCCCUACCAGCUGAGCUUGCCUCCGCCCGGACACGACAGGAACGUGCUUAGCGAUAGGCCUGAAUCCGCGGAGACGGCGGAGUUCAAGGUGGAGUGCGGCGACGUGAUUCUGGUUGCGACGGACGGCGUGUUCGACAAUGUGCCCGAGCCGGUGCUGGUGGCGGAGAUGAGGCGCGCUCGGGGUGAGGGAGGGGAAGCGGGGACGGCGGGCGAAGAGACCGAGGUGCAGCGACUACAGGGCGUGGCUAACUCUAUCGCGUGGAUGGCGAGGAACCUUUCCUUCGACGGCUGCUACAUGUCGCCGUUCGCGAAGAGUGCUCGUCAGAAUGGAAUCGACGCGAUAGGAGGAAAACCUGACGACAUAACGGUGCUACUCGCUAUUGUAGCGCUAUGAAGAUGUCAUCAUAUUGUGAUUUAUUAGAUUAUAUUUUUAGGAACGGUUUUUGUUUUAAAAACCCAAUCGCGUACAUUAGCUUAACAACGACACCAAAAAUUUAAAAUAUUGGUCCAUUUUGAAUUUAGUCUUGUCAAUUUCACUUAGCAUUACGAUUGUUUGUUAAAGGUAAUAAUGUUGUUCAAGGUAAGAUCUGUUAUGAAAUAACUAUCCGAGGACAGUCUCAGCAUUUAGACGUCUAGAUCACACCAGAAAUAUUAUCAUUUUUUUGGUCAGUGCCAUUUAGCUUGUUACAAUAAUAGAUUGUCUAUUAUUGUUUCAAGCUAAAUUAUUGUGCGAGUUAAAUACUCCUUACCGUCUCUAGUUAUUGAUUUGUAUAGUUCUAUACAAAUAGAGAUGAGAGCAAGUCCAAAGGUAAGGGACAAUGGUACAAGCUUGUUACAAUAAUAGAAACACGUCAAUAACGCGGUAAUUAUUAAUUAUACGUAGUACAUACUUUGAAUUUUGUUUUUUUUUUUAAUUUUGAAUUUAGUUUUUUUUUAAUUUUGAAUUUUGAAUGAGUUCGAAAUGACUAAGAACAAGCCACGAUACUUAAUUUUACGUGAUCUUUUGAUAAAAUGUUAUCUUAAAAAAAAUGCGUACCUAAUGGGCUACAUACACCAAUUUUCACAUUAAACGUUCGUGCAAUUCACACAAUUUAAAUAUUGAGUCUUUUUUUUUUGGAGCCUGUAACUUAGUUUCAAAUAGUGUAUUGUAAUUAUAUAUGGAGUCGAAAUUUGACUACUUAAUACAUAUUAAUGUAACUCCAGAGUUUGUUAAAUUGAAACGUUUCACUUGUAAGUGUGUGUGUAAUAAAUACCAUCAUCACAUAAAUGCUCCGUUUUUAUGCAAACUAGUCAAAAACAAAUAUUUAACAAAGCAUUUGUAAAACAUGUAGAUUCUUUGUACUUUUAAAACUUUGAAUUCAUUGUACACUGCUAAUUUUUUUUUGAUAUUUAACUUCGCCGCUACGCCGAAUUAUAAAAUGACCAAAUUAAGAAGUGAUAUCUAUUCGUCGCUGUUCUUAACUGAAUAGAUGGCUUGCUUUCAUUGCUCCAUGCAUUUUGGUCGUUUUAAAUUUUGUGGUUUGUACUCCGAUUUCACGAAGACAGUUUUGAAGUAAUCCGAUGUACCGACAAGUGUGAACUCGUGCGUGUGGUACUGUAAGUUAAAAUACCUGACGUGAAAGUAUCCCGAGGUUACGCUUAAACAAUUAUUAUAUGACGGGUUUUUGAGAUGGAGAAAACCUUUUAAACUAAGAUUUUCGUUUUUAAUCAACAUUUUUUAAAUAUAGUUCAACAGGUACAUACCACGAUAAUAUUUUGGAUUUGUCGAUUUGUGUACGAGAUGUCAAGUUUGAUGUCAUGGGCAGAAUCUGACGAUCUGACUUUCACGAAAGCGAGUAGUCAGAUUCUGCCCGUGACAUAAAAUCGUGGUAUGUACCCGUUGAACUAUAUUUAAGAAAUGGAGAAAAACUUAUCUACCCGUAUGGGUUUAUAUAAAAGAGAUAGCUGGUUUACCACCGAUGUGGGUACGAUCUAAGGGUAUUUGUUUGUUACGAGUACAUAUAAAAUACUAUAAUAAUUAAUGUGUGAUUCGGUGUUUGAAUGAAGACUGAUUUUUAUUUAAUUUAAAUGUUCAUGUUGAUUGUGAUUUUGCGAAGCCAUGUUCAAAUUAUAACUGGGACAGUUCUGUGUAUAUAUAUAUUAUAUUUUUUUAAAUUAAUUUUUUAACUUUUCAAUGUCAAUUAAGUAUUAGGACAAAAGUCUUUGAUUUUACAUAAACUUGUCUCUGAUUUCCUGUUGUAUUUCAUUAAAUGAGAAAAAAUUGGAUUUAUAUUCUAUUUUGCGGUUGACUAUCACUAAAGGUUGCGGCUUAGGUGUUCUUUAAUUUGUCUGACUCAUUUCAUUUAAAUAAUAUAUUUUUAAAUUUCUCAUAAUAAUGUUCUGCCUUUAGCAAGGGCCAAUUAUAAUGUGUAUAUAUAUAUAAAGUGUAUAUAUAUAUAAAUGACAUAACUAGAAGAGCAGGUGUAUUGAGGUACCCAUUAGUAGGUAUUUGGCGUGAUGAAAUAAAUAAAAUAGGUUGUCAAAACAUCAGACAAAUUCAAAGCAUUUUAAUUGUGUGUCCAAGGAAACUUAUUAAAUCUUUAAAAUAUACCAACUGUUAUGUAAUAAUAAGGAUGCAUUUUGCACUAGGCUAUGCUAUAAAAAUAACCAUUUUAUUUUGUCCAAGAGUGAUGUCUCUAGUGGGGCUUACAUGCGCGCCAUGCGACCAUUUUGAAACAAUAAUUGGUAGAAAAUUAUUUCGUAGCGUGUGCUAAAAAAAUAUAGGAGAUGGUGGUCUUGUUAUUAAUUUCAAUACUAACAAUCUUCAGGAUGGCACUUAAAUCUUUCAUAAAUCCAUCCCACUUCUGAUGCUAAAAAAAUAUAGGGUGAUGGUAACUGGGUAUUUAGCUUCAAUAAUACUAUUCAUUCAUGAAAGAUCUAAGUGCCAUCCUGAACAUUGUUAGUAUUGAAGUUAAUAUCUAGGCCACCAUCUCCUAUUUUUUUUUAGCAAGUGUAUCUUUGCACUUCAGAUAUUGUUAGAGCCCAUAAAAUAACUUCCCAAUGAGUGAUCUUUGUUCAAGUAUUACCCGCGCCAAUAAUAAUAAUUAUUAAAUUUCGACGUAGUGCUAUUAUAUUUGCACGCCCGUAUUGUGCGAUAGAUAUAGAAAGAAAUGAGUCACAUAUUACCCAUUCUUAAAUGGCGUCGGCUAUAUACUUAUGGAUACAAUAUAUAGAAUCACAUUAUUAAACACUUAUCUUGCUUACUUUAUAAAAAUUAACAUCAUCCCAAAUGUAUCAGAUGAAAUAUACAAAUGUAUGUAUCACUUUUACAAAACUUACAAAUCAGUACCACAGGAGUCUUUCAAACCGAACCUACCUGCCUCAUACCCUAAAAUAUAUGGUUUUUAGAUACCCUAAAUGGUUCUUAGAUCGACUACUGUGCUGACAUAUGGCAUUAAUAUCUGGACAAUCCAUAUCAACUCGCAUGUGGUGCGAUCCGAAUGAAUGCAGUUACCUGUAAAAUUUUAGUUCUUUUGUAACUUGGUGUGUUGACUGUGGUGUAAUCAAAAAUACUUAUAACUCUAAUAAAAAGUGAAAUUGUUUUCAGUGCAACGUUCAUAUUAUGUAAAUUCAUGCGCUACAAAUAAAUUAUGUUCGUAGACAAAUAAAUUAAUUUUUG